GCAGAGACGCUCCCCGGGACCGGGGCCGCCAAGAGACCCCCGGGACCGGGGCGGGGACCACUGAGACUCCCGUGAAGAGGGACCCCCGAGAGCCCCCCGGCCAUGGGUGGGGGCACGGCGGGGCGCCAGCGACGGAAGCCAAUGACCUUGGCCGAGGCGGGCCCGGGCACCGAGAACGAGCGGCUCGGGGUGAUCCGGCUCAGCAUGUUCGAAAACCCGCUCAUCAUCAAGCAUGAAGUGGGGAAGCCUCUGAGAAACUGCUACCCCCUGCCAGGCCUUGACUUUACCUAUGGGAUGUACGUGCACAAGAGAGAUGGAGGAGUUGCUGAAGCCAUAGGCCACUGGGAUGAGGCAAAGCCCAGGAACAUAAAGAACAAAAAGAAGAUCAUGCCCCGGGACUUCCUGACCAUGAACCCCGGGGCUGUCGAUGCCGGCUGUACCACGGCCCGGGAGUUCGGGCUCUACUACAAGUUCAUGGACAUUCGGCGCAAAGAUGAGAACAGAUUCCUCACGGGAUGGGUUUCCAAAAUCCCUGCAGACAUGACUUUUGGCAGGCCAGCACGGCCUUCCACUCCCAUUUAUGACAUCAUCCAACACAGAUACAAGGAGAUGUGGAUGGAGCGCCAGAGAGCCCGGACAAGACUCCAGAUAAUCGAAAAGAAAAAGCUGGACCAGGUGCGUGGAAAUCGCACCACGUACCUGCGCACUCACAAACCCCCGCCCAAGGAGGAGUCCUUCUGGCACCCAGCCCGCUUUGAGAAGGUUGAGCCUCAUCUCAGUACUUUUCCAGACCCUGAAACUCGUGAAAAGGCACUCAGUGCCUCCCACUGAGAAGUGCCUGCCAGAGGUGCUGCCCUUCCCCAGAACACCCACCCAUUGAGGACCGUGCUGGGCACUGCCCUGUGACCCCACACAGACUUUCUCUCAGGUUUUACGGAGUUAUGCUAAUGCAGAUGCAGCCAAAUAAAGCACAAAUACAACAGGAAUGA